AAUAAAUUAAGUGAUAAAAACCAGAUUUACUCAAGAACGGCGGAUGUUGUUAACAUGCAGGAAUUUGUUGAUAAAAAAAAAACUGAUAAAGCAUUAGAUCUUAAGGAUAAUUUUGAGCUCAUUAAUUUUCAAGAAAACGAUCAAUAUCGUUAUCACAACCCAUUAACUCGCACAAUUUCACAACCACAACCACAACCUGACACAAAUAUUCUGUCAUAUAAAGCACAAAACAUUAAAUCUGCUGUUUCUUCAAUAAUUGAAAACUUUGAUGGAAUAAAUUUACACCGUAAGCUCGAGAGAACGCAGUCAGAACCAUUGCCUCAACAAGUGAAUGCUUCCAGGUAUAAAACUGAAUUAUGUCGUCCAUUUGAAGAAGCAGGUGAAUGUAAAUACGGAGAAAAAUGUCAAUUUGCUCAUGGUUAUCAUGAGUUACGAAAUUUACAACGUCACCCAAAAUAUAAAACAGAAUAUUGUCGGACAUUUCACAGCGUUGGAUUUUGCCCAUAUGGUCCUCGAUGUCAUUUUGUACAUAAUGCAGAUGAAGUCAGAGCACUACAGCAGCAACAGCAGCAAAAACAACAAUUUCAACAAUCAAACCAAACAAACUCCUCCAGUUUUAAUAACUGCUUCUCAUCUAGUUUUACUCAAGAACAGAAAUUGGGCACCAACAACUCAGCGGCUGCACUCCCACUAAGUCCACCAUUGAGCAUGUCAACAGGUUCCGACCGGGAAUCACCAACGGGUUCGCUUUCACUAAGUCCUACCAGCUCCAUAACUAAUUUUCCUUUUAACGAACAAAUUAGUUCAACAAAUUCAGUGCUUCAAACAACUUUUUCUAAUAUUAACACGCCGCCGGAUAGUCCAAGUGCUCCUAUAUCACCAGUAAAUACUUCGCCAAAAUGCUUUGUGAAUAUUGGUUCAUUACAAACUCAAGCAGCAGAAUUUCACGUUAUGCAAAAACAGAAUUUUAUUAAACCCGUUACUAUUCAAGGAAAACAACUUUUGCAAAAAAGUUCUAGCUCACCUAUUGCUAUCAUCAGAAAUGUAUGUGGAACUCCAACUGAAGUAAGCUCCAUUUCAUCGGUGAAUGUAACUGAUGAUGCACGUCUUCCAGUUUUCAAUCAAUUAAGUGCAACUAUUGAUAAUUUUACAAAUAUAUUGUAGCUCUAAAUUUGAACAAAUCUCAAAUGUAUACUUAUGGAUAUUUAUAUAUGUACUAUUUACAUAUACAUAUGUAAAGUAACUUUGUUGCACAUUACAUACACAUGCUAACGACAUGCUAUAUUAUAUACAUAUUAUUAUAUUACAGAAAACUGAAUGCGUAAAUUAUUUAAUUAUUUUUUAUUUAUAAAAACAUAUUUAUAUAUUUUUAGAUAAUCAUUAUAUUUAUUAAAUAUCUCAUCAGUAAUAAAUGGGAAAAGACGGGAUUGUUAUUUAUAGAAAAAUUAAAGUUUAUAUAAUCAUUGUUAUUAUUGCAUUUAUAUAUAUAAUUUAUGUUAUUCAGAAAAAAUUAUAACUUAAAAAUAUUUUUUAAAGUGAACAAAUGUAAUGAAAGAAUAAAAUACCUCCCGAUGUAGAAGUGAAUAGUUUAUUUUCGUAUUUGAUAUACAUAUAUAUAUAAAAAAUAAAAUAAUGUGAAAAGACAUCAAACUUUAAAAAGUAAUUAUGUGCAGUUAUAAUAUAAAUAUAUAACAAUGUUACUUUAUUUUACAAAUAAAUAUAAGAGAUAAAUGUAUUUAUUUACAA